AUGAAGAUCUUGGUCUGGUGGUGUCUGCUGGCGAUGGGUCUCCUGACUCGACCCUCGCUGCUACUGGAUUCUCCAAUUUUGUUCGGAAGCAACAGCCAGAGUCUGCCACUUGCUGAAAUGACGGAGCUGGACGUCCGGGAGACCAGCCCGGAGGUGGUGCGGGGACAGGUGUUCGAGGGUGACAUGCUGCUGACGGCGGACCAGUGGCAGUCGCUGCGGGAGAGGAAGGGCCUGGGCCACAGUGUUCUCCUGUGGCCAGAUGGUCCAGACGGCUACCCACACGUACCGUAUGUCUUUAAUGAUGAUACUGUAAACCAGAGAGUGUGUCUGGCUGGGAUGAGGCACUGGAUGACUCACACCUGCAUCAAGUUCUCCCCGACCACCGACACUGACCAGCCCCACCUGAGGUUCAUAUAUGGAGAUGGGUGCUACUCGUCCCUGGGCCGCGUGUUCUUCCUCAAUGGUCAGGAUGUCUCCAUGGGCAGCGGCUGUGACAAACUGGAGACCAUUGCUCACGCCCUUGGUCAUGCUGUGGGCUUUGUACAUGAACACUCUCGCUCUGACAGAGAUGACUUCGUCCACAUCAACCAGGAGAACAUCAUUCCCAGAUACGUUGACAAGUUUACAAAGACCUCCCCGUCUGGUGUCAACAACUUCAGCGUCGCCUAUGACUACACUUCUCUGAUGCACUACAAGGACAAGACAUACACCAUCAACGGCAAGCCCACCAUCGUUACGCUCGACCCUCUCCUCCAGGGGCUCAUGGGCCAGAGUAAUGGACUGUCUCACAGGGAUAAGUUGCUGGCGAACAAGCUCUAUAACUGCAUCGGCAAGUGGCUGAGAAGCUGCAACUUGACGACUGACCCGUGUGAGAACGAAGGCUAUCUAGGUGCCAACUGUGGGUGCGUGUGUCCCCCUGGAACCUCCGGCAUCUACUGCCAGGACAAGAUUUAUGGCUAUUACGGCGACCACCUGGACACGUGCUCUGAGCGGAUCACGGAGCCUGGGACAAUCACCUCACCUAACUACCCCAGGAACUACGAUGCUGGUGUCAAAUGCGUCAAGUGGAUCGUGGCUCCAGAGUGCUACACCCCGAGUGUCAGCUUCUCCUUCUUCCGCAUCUCCGGCCGGACCAGCGACUGUGACGGCGCCAGCUGCUGCUACGCCGAGAGCCUCGAGAUCAGGACCUCCAGCCUCUUCUCCGGUGAUGUGUUCUGUGGGAGGGAGAUUGUUGCCGGCAAUGUCUUCAACUCCUCAAGCAACCAGAUGAUCCUGUACUUUCAAUCCUCCUCAAAUGUCUACAAAGGCUGGUCCGCUAAUGUGACGUUUGAGCUGUCUCCUGAGUGUCAAGUUAAUACUACAAAUACUACAAGUGGAACUCAGUCGACAAGUACGACCUCGAGCACAACAAGUACGACUCCAGUGUCCACAAGUUCAGUUCAGAGCAUCACUAACACAGACACAAGUACGACGUCCAGCACAAGUACGACUCUAGCAGAAUCCACAAGUUCAGCUCAGAGCAUCACUAACACAGACACAAGUACGACCUCGAGUACAACAAGUACGACUCCAGUAUCUACAAGUUCAGCUCAGAGCAUCACUGACACAGACACAAGUACGACCUCCAGCACUACAAGUACGACCUCCAGCACUACAAGUACGACUCCAGAAUCCACAAGUUCAACUCAGAGCAUCACUAACACAGACACAAGAACGACCCCUAACACCCCAAGUACAACCAUUAGUACGACAACAAGAGCAAACCCCAGCACCACCACAACAACAACCACCACGACCUCGACGCCGCCACAACCAGACUGCAGCUUCAGCACCUACAACAAUGUCGUCUACUACUUUACCUCUCCCAACCUGGGCGUCAGGGACUACCCCAACAACUUCCAGUGUCGCCACGACAGUCUUUCAGAUAAUCCGUCAUUGGCAAAAUUCAAAUUAGUAAGUUUCCAUCUACAAGACAAGCCCAAAAGAGGUGUAUGUAGAGACUACGUCACGCUCCAUCUUCCCUACGGUAAGACGGAAAUCUUGUGUGGACAGCCCCGUCGAAUCGUCUACAAGUCACCGACCUUCAGCUACGGAGUCUCCUUCCAGAGUGACGAAUCCAUCACUAGGCCUGGCUUUAACAUCUCCAUUACUCGCGUUACCUCCCCGUGCCAUCGCGUGAUCAGAGCGCCCUGGGUGGGCAGUUCCGGGAUCAUUCAGACCCCGGGGUACUUGAUCACACACACCAAGGGCACACUCUGCGAGUGGUGGAUUACUGCACCAAGAGGCAGCAGGGUGCGUGUUGACAAACUAAACGUCAACACGGACUCCACCACCGGCUGCCAGAAGGACUGGGUCGUGCUCAACACGAAGGGCAAUAAGACCUACCCGGUGGGCUCCAGCCAGAUUUACUGCGGCACCAAGGUCCUCAUCAGACCCCUCACCUCUAAAAGCAACAAGCUUUUUGUAGCCUACUACGGGAGGAGGUACAAGAGCAAAGGCAUGAAGUUGAAGUACACUGUGAUAUAAGGAGUCGUCUUGGCUGCUACCUUCAAGGCCUGUCCACGAGAGGCGGGGAUGGCCAUCAUAACUUGCUAUCCAUGUGGAAAGCUUGUUAAUAGUAAGGCUUGCACAACGUUUCGUUUUUAAGAGUGUUCAGAAAUUAAAUUUUUUGCAACUGACUUAAGUUUAAUGUGUCUGGAUUUUAUUAGGAAGAUUUUAAAUAAAUUUGCUUAGCAUCGAUAUUCUUUGAUUUCCCACUUUAGUCUGCACAAGGAAUAUUGAGCUGGAGGAUAAGAUUGCAACUGCUUACAAUUAGCUGUGGCACCCACUAACAUCU